AUGAAAUUUGCGUCCUUUGCCAUGAUCGUUCAGGAAAAGGAAGGCUACUGCUGCGAUUGUUAUGCCACUCCUUCGCCAUCAACAAAGCAGAGAAAGGAUCUCACCCGUGGUCAUGAAAAAGUCAAGGAGAUGGUGUACGACUUGUGGAAUUUUGUUGUUGUUGCAGUGGUACCACAACAGGGCCGCCGGGAUGCAAAUCGAUAUGCCAAACAUCCCUACAAGAAGAAGAAGAAGACAAACUACGACUGCAGGACUCUUACACCAAACAGAAAAAGGGCAGGCGUAGCUAAAAUCAAUGUACUCGUACACGAGCAACGGGAAACUUUCACCGAUGAAGGGAGGUCGCGCAACUACGAAAUAACUAUGCAGUCAAAAUCAAAACCCGGCGAAGAUCUCAGCGGAACAAGCUCGUGCCAUUUUGAUCAACAAGCAUGA